CACACGUACAAGGAUUCAUUUUGGGAAAUUAAUUCAAAAACAUGCAAAUAUCAACAGAGCAGUCACUGCAAACAUCAUCUUCUACUGAAACCUACAUUAGCUACUGGACUACUUCCGCGCAGGCGCAGAAUGAGCGACAGUCGGGCUACCAAACUGGUCAAACAGCGGGUGUAAAGAUGCAUAAGCUGAAGUCUUCACAGAGGGACAAGGUACGGCAGUUCAUGUCCUUCACACAGGCUGGGGAGAAGACAGCUGUGUACUGCCUCACACAAAAUGACUGGAAACUAGAAGUUGCUACCGAUAACUACUUUCAGAAUCCAGAUCUCUACUGCAAGGAAUCCAUGAAAACGUCAGUAGACCGGAAAAAGCUGGAGCAGCUCUACAAUCGCUACAAAGAUCCCCAGGAUGAGAAUAAGAUUGGUAUUGAUGGGAUCCAGCAGUUUUGUGAUGACCUCUCACUGGAUCCAGCAAGCAUUAGCGUGCUGGUCGUUGCAUGGAAGUUUCGUGCUGCCACUCAGUGCGAGUUCACCAAGAAGGAGUUUUUGGAUGGAAUGACAGAAUUGGGGUGUGACAGCCCAGAAAAACUGAAGGCCCUUUUGCCAAGAUUAGAGCAGGAGCUCAAAGAUAGUGGGAAGUUCAAGGAUUUCUACCAGUUCACCUUUAACUUUGCCAAAAAUCCCGGGCAGAAGGGUCUAGACUUGGAGAUGGCUGUAGCCUAUUGGAACCUGGUUCUGUCAGGACGAUUUAAGUUCCUCGAUCUUUGGAACAAAUUCCUUUUGGAACACCAUAAACGAUCCAUCCCAAAGGACACAUGGAACCUUUUGUUGGACUUUGGUAACAUGAUUGCAGACGACAUGUCCAACUAUGAUGAGGAAGGAGCAUGGCCAGUCCUUAUAGAUGAUUUUGUGGAAUUCGCUCGACCAAUUGUAACAGGAUCAAAACGUAAAACUCUCUAAAUCCAAUCCCAACUCUGGAUAGCCAGAACCUUGUUUCUGUUACAGUGACUUCAUAGUUUUUUAAGACUUGUAAAAAAAAAAAAAUUAAAAAAAAAUAAGUGAAAAUUGUAGACUUCAGAGAGAAAACAGAAGCACUUGAAACUGUCAGAAAACCACCUUUCAGGGAGCUGAGUGAAAACUAGGAGAACUGGCCACAUUUUUUUGUCCUCUUGAGACUGAGGCAUUAAAUGGACAUUGCCGGAUUCACUGUUGUCUCUCCUGUUGGAUUCUCCGCAUCCUGGACGCCUCUCUGCUCUGCUCCAAGAGGAGCACCACCUGUCAGGCCACAGCCCUGUAAGUGGGGAAGGACACAGCACUGAGAGGUGGUUCACUGGAGAUGAUGUACUCUA